CGGGAUUCUUGUGCCGAGUGGGUGGAUGAGAUUUGCAAGCUGGCUUUAUACUUAAGACUGAAGACCCUCUGUAAUCCACUGCUAUUCUAAAUCUCUAACAUUACUACUCUACUACUUACUACCACCAUAAUACAAAAUGCACCUACCAUCAUCAGCACCCGAAACUCACUCUCAACAAGGCCGACUGUACUUCCUUGACGUCGGUAUCUCCACCCCAGCCCUGCACGGCCGCAUUUUAACAUGCUACCCGGACGGCUCCGGCUUCCGUGAACUAAUCACCAACAUCCGGAGCCUGCCCGACGGGAUCGCUGUCGAUAAAGAAGCCGGGCAUAUCUACUGGACGAAUAUGGGAAUCCCAUCCGCGAACGACGGAUCCAUUCAGCGGUGUACCCUGGAUGGGAAGAAUAUUGUCACGAUUGUGCCGAAGGGGUAUACGCAUACGCCGAAACAGCUCACUAUUGCGCGGCACGGUCGGAAGCUGUAUUGGUCUGAUCGGGAGGGGAUGAGGGUUAUGAGGGCGGAUAUGGAUGGAGGUGAUAUCGAGGUUCUUUACGUGGCUGGGGAUGUGCAGGGGAAGAGGGUUGAGGAUUGGUGUGUUGGGAUUGCGGUUGAUGAGGAAGCGGGACAGGUGUUUUGGACGCAGAAGGGGCCGUCGAAGGGGAAUGGGGGGCGGAUAUUCAAGAUGGGAAUUGAACUGAGAGACGGGGAGACUGUGGAGUCGAGAUCGGAUGUGAAGAUUGUCAAGGAGGGGUUGCCUGAGCCGAUUGAUCUCGAGUUGGAUCAUGAGCAGCGUAAGCUGUACUGGACGGAUCGGGGGGAUCCCCCGUAUGGGAACUCGGUGAAUGUGGUUGGGAUUGAUGAGGUUGUUGAUACGAAGGCGCGCCCAGAGAUUCUAGUUCGCAAGCUGCAUGAGGGUAUUGGGAUUGCACUGGAUUUGAACCAUCAGCGCAUGUUCUUUGGGGAUCUUGGGGGGUCGUUGUAUAGUUCCAAUCUGGAUGGGACCUGCAAGACCACAAUCAUGCCUGAUAUUGGCGGUGCAGUCACCGGAAUAGCUUAUGUUGAGUAAUUUUAAAUGUUUGUUAUUAGCGA